AUGGACGCAUCGUACCACAGCCGCCUCCUGGGACGGGCGCAGCAGGUGGCUUCGUGGUCGCUGCGCCGCUUCCUGGGCAGGCGGCAGAGAGACUCGCACGACUCCGGCUCGGACGACCAACAGCAGCAGCAGCAGCAGCAGCAGCAGCAGCAGGGACCGGGCCCCCACGGCGCGGCGGACAACUUUGCGCCCGACUGGCGGGGCAUACGGCAGGGGUGGCCGGCGGGCGUGACGUGUUCGCACCUGACCGAGUCGUGGUUUGCGGCCGACGACGGUGCUGUGUGCUGCUGCUGCGGCGGAGGGGAGGCGGCGAUGGUGGAGGAGGAGGAGAACGAGGAGAACGAGGACGAGAGGCGGAACAGGCACGUGGAGGAGGUGGCGCGCCACACGCUCGCCGAGAUGCUGCGGGACGCGGUCCCGUUUGCGCUGUCGGACGGCACGGCGUCCGGGCGGGCGGAUCCCAGGGUCGUGCGGGCGGCCAGGGCGAGGCUGCUCCGGGCUUUUGACGAGGAUGUUGCUGGGGAGGGUGGGGAUGCGUUUGGGAUUAGGAGGAAGCAAAAGAAGAAGAAAAAGAAGAAAGAGACGAGGGAUAUUAGGGGAGGGAGACAGAAGAGGACAGAGGAGGAUGGUGGCGAGGGAGCAGCAUAUCAGCAACAAAUGGCGCAGAAGCAGCACCGGCACCAGCCACGACAACCACGCACGUUCCACCGGUUCCCAGACCUCCCCGCCGAGCUGCGGCUCGAGAUCUGGUCGCUGGCGCUGCGGCAGCGCAGCCGCGGGCUCGGGGUCGGCGUGGUGCGCGGCUGGCGGUAUAACUGGCACGCCGACGUGCCGCGUCCGGCGCUGGCGGGCGUCUGCCGCGAGGCGAGGGACGUGGUGCUCUCGGCGACGGUGGCGGGUGCCGCGACGGGCCUGACGAUCCACGACCGUCUGGACCUGGGCAACUCGCCCGACGGACGUAGGCUCGCGGGCCUGCUGGGCUGCGUCGGCAGGCUGCGCGGCGGCGUGGUCCUCGGGCUGAACCACUUCCUCGGCCGCGGGCAGGCAAUCCAGGACGACGGGCUGCUGGGGCUGGACCUGGCGCGGCUGGCGGGCGGGCGCGGGGGCGCGCCGUCGCUCGGCGCGGUGCUGAGGGAGGUCCUGGCGGGCGGGUCCGCGGUGCUGGUCACGGUGCAGACGGUGUACGUCACGCUGGGGUCCGGGACGGCGGCGCGGGAAGGGCCCGGCGGCGGCGUCGAGGGCUACCUGCAGCGGCUGCAGGCGGUCGGGGAGUUCGACAAUGUCGAGCAGGUGGACGUGGGCGCGGGGCAAGGGUCCCGCCUCGACGAGGCGGGAAACGUCGACGCCAGCGCGUACUGGCGGCAGAUGAUCCCGCACGAGGCCUGCCACCACGUCACCGAGGUGGUGCCGCUGGGCGACGCGGCGGGGAUGCGCAGGAUCCUGGCCGUCGGCGAGGCCACGGGCCAGUGGCACGGCGGGAGGAGGCCCAGGCUGCUGGCACUGGGGCACCACUCACAUGCGUUUUGUCUGGACAAGUGUCUGGGCGAGUGGUGGGAGAGAUGCGGGCGGCAGACGGUCAGGGCGGGGAUGGAGAGGGUGAUGCGGGCGGAUGCUGAUGAUAAUGAGGAGGAGGAGGAGGAGGAGGAGGAGUUGGUGCUCCCGGAGGUGGUGCCGGCGGUGCGGUUCAAGAUCCAGUGGCCUGGGCUGCAGCCGCCCAAGAUUGUUGACGGCGAGGUCUGUUGGGACGCGUGA